GCAGCCGCAGCCGCGAUAGGGGGAAGGAUAGCCGCAGUCGCUCCCGAAGAAAGGACAGUAGAAGCCGCAGCAAGUCACAGGGAAAAACCAAAAGACCGGAUGAUUAUGGAGUCGAUUCCAUGAAAAUCACCGAUGAUGAUGCAGCCUUUAUCCUGGGCAAGGGCGGCAAGACCAAAGAGAAAAUCGCCAGAGUUUCUGGCGCGGAAAUUGAGCUCUUUGAGCGAGACCUCGUCUUGGAAAUCCGUGGCUCCAAGUUGCAGCGCCGCCGCGCCAAAAAGUACGCGGAAGGCGUGAUGGCACAACGGACCGGGCCGGUCACCGUCCACGAGGACUACAACGACGGCGACUUGACGAUGCUCCGGGUGCCACAGGAGGCAGUUGGUUUCGUCACUGGCCGAGCAGGCAACUUCCUGCGGACCAUUGAAGAAGAGUGGGGAACGCUCAUGUUCUUUGUGGAGGUGGAGAGCUCACGCUCUCGCAGCAAGGAAUAUGAGAAGUUGGCCAUUUUUGGUGACGUGCGUGCGCGCCGUGGUGCAGAGCUCAAGGUGUUGAGCGCGGUUGAGACCAAAGUCCCUGGAUACUUCGACAAGAUCCGUGAUGAUGUCAUUCCUCGCGACAAAGGCACGGAUUAUGAAGAUGGUAGCUGGGGUACCGACACGAUGCAAUUUCAAGAUGACGAGUUGUCAUAUGCGCUAGGGAAGCAGGAGAUCUCCGACUUGCUUGCACCUGAGCGGUCCUUGGCCGGUUUAACGGCUGGCCUUUUGGUGGAGUUUCGGCCCAGGUGGCCCAGGUCAAGCCCCAAGCUCCGGCAAAAGGUGCUAACGAUUUCCCUGAAGCUCUGGAAGCAGGAGACUUGCAAAGCAACUGCCAUUCGCUUACUGGAGUGGUUCAAGGUCACUGAGGCGGAUGUCUCCAACACGACCCAGCGUUUGGCUCUGGGCGCGGUGUGUGGUGAGCUCCAGACGAAUGGGUCGGAUGGUGAGCAUUUGGUCCUCAUGCUGACCCGAUUCCCAGAGAUCGCCCGUGGCUCGGGGGUCACCGCGGAGCGCGUCAUCGACGGCAUGGCCCAGCGAGGGUACCUGAAGCCGGCGAUCCUUGUAGCUGAGCGGAUGAACGUGACCAACAAAAUCAGGCAACUGAAAGGUCGCUUGAUGGAUGCUUGCGUGAAGGGAGAGGGCAAGGAGAUCGGUGCAAUCAUAGCCUGUGACAAUUCUCCGAGGAAACGCGUGCCCUUCGUGAAAAAGCUUCUGAAGGCAGGGAAAUUGAGACUGGCUUUGGAGCGCAUCGAUGCCUGGAACUUGGAUAUAGUGCCGAGCGAAAAGGACGUGCUCCGGAGUGAAAGGCGCUCUGAGAACUUCUUCCAGCUGCCUGACUCGGUGGUUUUGGAGGAGGUAUCCUCUGAUGAGGAGCUGAAGGUUCUGAAGCGGAAAAGCCUCAGUUGGAGCUGUGUGGGGCUCGACACGGAGUCCUUGCGGGGCGGAAAGUGCGCGCUUUUGCAGGUGUCCACCAAGACCACCGCCUUUUUGAUCGACCUGCUGGCGGUCAGCAGGGAGCAACUCAGAGACUUCCUAGUGCCACUGAUGGCAGAGCGGGCCAUCACCAAGCUGGGCUUUGGUGCAUCGGAGGUGAGGGAGCUCAAGAAGCUGGGUGCAAAGAAUGUGGAAUCCUUUCAUGAUAUGCAACAGGUCGGAGCCCAGCACCGCUUGAAGAAGUCUUUGAAUGGAUCCCUUUCGGAGAUGUUUCACGGGCUGAGCUUGUCCACGUUGUCAAAGGAGAUCCUGGGAAAGCCUUUAAACAAGGAGAUGCGGGCGAGCAAUUUUGCACGGCGGCCACUGCAGCAGUGGCAAAGAUGCUAUGCAGCAUUGGAUGCCUGGAUUUUGGUGAAGAUUUGGGAUCGAUUGAAGUCCGAGCCUGGCAAGAAAAAAAGAGAUUGA